AAAAUGCUCCUCGACCAGAGUUGGUCACUUGUCUUAAGUGCUAUUAUUGGAAGUUAUUUGAACGAAAGCACCAUCUGUAUAUUUUGGAAUGAUAAGUUUGAGUUUCAACUGUUACAAGGCGCGGAUUAUGCCAGUUUUGUGGGAAUAAAUAUUCAAUCUUUAAAAAACCAACAAUGCCGAGAUGUGGUCGACAUAGGAUUAAGGAAAAAAGCGCUUCAAGAGAAAGAAUUGCCGUUUGAUGACCUUCUGCUCAAGAUUACUAUAUCUAUUGAGGUGACGCACUGUGAGACGUUUGUUGUUUUCGACGAAGACAUUGGCCAGUUUGUAGAUGCGUUUACAAAGGCUUCUGUAUACUCAAUAUGGCGGUCUUUACACAAUAAAUUCGUUUUUGCGCAUGUUGCUCACGAAUUAAAAGAAUGCUGUGAAAAUAGAUUCUUUGAAGAACAUUAAGGCCAACGCACGCGACAUAGGUGUUACCAAGGAUUCAGAAUUAAAAGAUGUCCACAUUGAUGGAACUGAAACUCGUAUUGUUUUAAAUUUCUGUGAGAAAUUCAAUUGUAC